GCGCUGGCGGUGCUCGAGGAGGCGGUGGGGCGCGGCGGGCCGGAGCGCCUGCUAGGCCUCUUAAAGGGACCGCGGCCUCGCUCGGUGUGGGGGGCUGUGGUGCGGCCCCAGACCCCGUCGCUCGCCUCCUUACCAUCCUAUGGGUCCGGGGCUGCCGCAGGGAGCUGCUUCCUGCCCGUUCUUCGGCCGCCGUUCUCUCCUCGCUCUCCAAACCCGUCCCUCUCCCCCACCCCCCCCCACCCCGCCCUGGCCCUGUGGGGCAGGGCGGCAGCGGGUGGUCAGUGCGGGUCGCAGCCGAGCCCGGAACAAAGCUCCUGCCGCCGGGGAGCAUGCGGAAAUAGACAGACGGUUGGAAAAGAAGCUGAAGAUCACACAGAAGGAAAGUAGAAAGUCAAAAUCUCCUCCUAAAGUGCCGAUUGUGAUUCAGGACGACAGCCUUCCUGCGGGUCCUCCCCCCCAGAUCCGCAUCUUGAAGAGGCCGACGACCAACGGCGUGCUCAGCAAUCCCAACUCCGCCAGCAGACCGGCCUUCCCUGUGAAAUCCUUGGCGCAGCGGGAAGCGGAGUACGCGGAAGCCAGGAAACGAAUAUUGGGCAGCGCGAGCCCCGAAGAGGAGCAGGAGAAGCCCAUCCUCGAUAGGCCGCCGAGGCUCUCCCAGCCGGAAGACACCAGACAGCCCAACAAUGUGAUCAGGCAGCCCCUGGGUCCCGAUGGCUCACAAGGCUUCAAACAGCGCAGAUAAACGCAGGCGGGAGAUGCUGCUGCGGAAGGCAGGGUCCGCCGCCACAGGUCGCGCUGCCGGGACGGACAAACGGACUCGAGCAAAGGGAACUACCUGGUUUAUUUGCACUGUGAUUCCCCCUUUGCUCUGCCCACUGUGACCUUCAACCCCACGCACUGUGACCUCCCCUCUCCACCCACUGUGACCGAGAAGGGCUGUCCCCGAGUCGCUGGAAAAGGAAAAGGGGGACGAUGAGGGGAGGGAAGGGGGGUGCAAAGGACUCGGACGGGUGCAGGGAGUCGUGUGUGUGCCACUUGGGUUGAAGCUAGCGCCAGCAAUAAUGUUUGUUGUACUCGUAACCUGGGAUUUAAGGAAAAAAAAAAAAAUAUGGGAAGCCUCCCCAGACGCGCAUGUUGUCCUCAUCACUUUAAGAGCAAGUUCUGUUUCAAAGGAUCUCUUUUUAUUAUUUUAUUUUAUUUUUUUUCCUGUUUGUUUUCUGUAUAUCAGAUCAACGGAGUGCAUGGGAAGGGUUUUAACUUUUGUUUUAAUUGAAAGAAGGUAGUUAAGCGUUCGAAAAAGGAGUUUCGAUGAAUUUCUGCGACCUUAAUGGCUCGGGUUUGGCAAGCUCUUGCUUCUUGGUCUCUGUUUCUACUGCUGCCAAGCACCUGGAAGCGGAUUCCUGGAUACCUGGCCUUUCCGAUCGCCUUGGGAGCUGGUGGAGUCCGCCGACCUAGUUUACGUCUUGCACCUGUUAAAGCUUGGCUAUGGAAGAAAAGCUUAAAAUACAUCUUUUUUUUUUUUUUGGUUUUUUUUUCUUUUUAUAUUUGGGGAGAAGGGAAUGUAGACGGAUCCUGUGAAAAUGCCUGCUGCCCGCCCGCUGCUUGUGGCAGAGAGCGCCCAGGCGGUGAAGAAUCGGGGCUCCGCUGCGAGGAGAAUAACCGGCACCGCUCCGCUCCGUGGAAUAAAUGGGUGGAGAGGAGUCCCGCUCCGUACGGCCUGCGCUCGCCGAGCGGGGAGUGCGGACAUCCCGAGCGUCCCGUCCCGAGUGGCGAAGGCUCCUGGUCCAGUCUCUCGCUCACGGUACGAGCUGCAUUGCUUCCCGAAACUGCAGACGUCGGGAGCGAAACCGGAGUUGGAUAAAGCCUGGAUGAUUCCUCCUUCCGUCUUCCCAGCAGCAGCGAGGCCUCGGGGAAAGGAUUUUUCCUCCUCUGGCUCCCGGGAAGAGGACGGGGAGGCUGGUGGUCUGCAGGAAGGCGGAUGUUCCCCCCCCCGGAUGAAGCUGACCUACCUUAAUAUCGCUUAAUAUCGAGGGAUUAGAUGAACACUAAACUCUCCCCUCGGAGGGGACGGUACCUGGAAAACAGUUUCUGGUUAUGGGCGGAUUAUUCUGUACGGGUGCAGCCCUCCUGCCGCUUCGUGCUCAGUAGGUUCAAGGGUAAACGAGCAAAUCUGAAUUAAGCCUUCUACCCGAAGGGAAGCGACCGUACAAAAAGACAUGUAUGGAAAUACGGCUUAAAAAAACAAAAGCAAACAAACAAAAACCAAAAAACAAAACAAAAACGGUAAAAUAAAACUACCUGUGUAUAAAAAGAAUCGGCCAGAGCGUUAAUUAGCUGAUUAAAGCUGAUUAAAACACCGAGGACGGUGGCGAGGUGGGGACGGGUGGGCAGAUGUCCCCCAGGUGUCCCCAGCUGCCGGUGCUUUUUGGGGUUUUGGUUUUGGGGUUUUGGUUUUUUUUUUUAAAUAUUUAUCCCCACCCAGGAUGAGUCCCCGGGAGGGAGCGGGAGGGGAGAAGGACGACAGCAAUAACCAUAGUCACCGCGCCUUUCCUUAAUUAUUACUAAAAAUAGCUUUUAAUGGCCAAACCCCCCCCCCAUUCACCCAAUUUGUGGUGUAGCUGGCCAGUGUUAAAGCUGCCGCCUCCUCCAGCACUGAAAUCUUUGGCACCAAAAUCGCCAUUUCUGGCACCCAGUUUUCCUUCUCUGGCACCAAAAUGUCCAUUUCUGGCACCGAAGUCUCCGGCAUUGGAAUCUCCCGGCUCCUCCAUCCCGGUGACCAGGACACGUCCCGCCCGCGGGCAGGGCUCGGCGGCGUUCCUGCCCUUUGUCCCGGGAAGGUGGAGGAUAAACACGGUACCGCGUGUUUUCACCCCAAAACGUGCGCCGAAAAGAAAACGUUUUAUAAAUUGUAUUUUAAAUAAAUGUCUUUAA